AUGGAGUCGUCGGAGGACGACUUGCUAAGCCAGUUGCCCAGCGACGUCCUAGUUUCAAUCCUGCAGAAGCUCCCCCUCCGUGACGCCGUCCGGGUCGGAGUCCUCUCCCGGCGAUGGCGGUGUCUUCCAGCUCAGCUGCCGAGGAUUGUCCUGGAUAUCACCAGCUUCUUGCCGGGCAAUGUGGAGUUCCUCGACCUUGACGACGGUAUCGACUAUGAUCUUGACAUCUAA